AUGCCUCUCCUCCUCUCCUCCUCCUCCUCCACAGAGCAGUGUACUCUCUCCUUACACCUGAGUACAAGCAAUCAAGGAGAGGAUCUGCUGGGUCCAGAUGUGGUGUUGUCCUCGUGCCAGGUGGAUCUCUCCCAGAGCCUGGGGUGUCGUAACGGGGUGUGUAGCCAGGCCCUGGUUCACCUCAGCGCUGUCACAGACUUCCUCAGGGACGGAGACAGGACGACACAGAUCUCUGUCAAACCCAUCGUCACAUCCAACUUCCCUCUGGAGCGCUACACACUACAGAGUGUCCAGAUCACAGUGAAGGAUGUUCCCUCUGCAUACUGCUACUCUUUCACUGAUCCUCACAUCAUCACGUUUGAUGGCAGGCAGUAUGACAACUACCAGAUUGGGACGUUUGUGCUGUACAAGAGCACGCGGCAGCCGUUCGAGGUCCAUGUGCGCCAGUGGGAGUGCGGGAGCGUGGUCCACGGCGCCUCAUGCAUGUGCGGCGUCGCGAGGGACGGCGGUGACGUCAUAGCCUUCGACAUGUGCAACGGCGAGCUGGGGGACACCAGGCCGCACCUGUCAGUGAAGAACAGGGGACGGGGCAAGAGCUGCAUCCGCAUCACUGAGUCUUACCAAGGACGAAAGUCACAGUGAAUUACCUUCUCGUCUGGGGCAUUUGUGUGUGCCGAUGUGUCUGACUGGGGCAUGAGUCUGACCCUGAGGGCCCCCAGCUCAGACUGGGGCUACACCGAGGGCCUGUGUGGAACGAUAUACGGACAGACGCACAAUGACCUCCACACAGCAGGGGGCGCAGCGCUGGACAAUGAAGACGUAGCAGCCUUCAUCUCUGAAUGGAGACUCCCUCCUGGUAGCAGCUUGUUUGACACCGUUCCGUCCUAUCAGAGCGCCCCAAACCCUCACAGGUACUGUAACUGUGAAGAAGAGUCCCGCCCCAAAUCCCCGCGAACCAGGUCUCAGCCAAUCCCUGGCUCCGACUCCUCCUGUUCUCACCACGGCAACGUGAGACUCCACAGUAUAAUCCCUACUCUAGAUGUCACUGCCGAAUACAUCAACUCAGUAGAGCUGUUCAAAGGCCACCAUGACUACCCCUCAGGGAACUCCAACCAGCAUGGCCAGGCCGAGGACACCGCCUCCCAGCCUGGAGAGAGAGGCUCUACCCUAACAGGCUCCAGCCAUGGAGCCAACAACCAGAGAAGCCGUGGAAGGCGCCAGUCCUACCAGUUCCUCCCCAACACGCCCUACCAGAGCUUGAGCCAGUCCGACCUGGAGGGCUUCACCUACUUCUUCCCAGAGGACCACGAGCUGGCAGCCCAGCCCGAGCCUCCCCUACCCCCCACCUGGCCCACCCCGUCUGGGCUAACACAGCUCCAGGCCAGGGUGCAGUGCCAGCGGGUGGUGGCUAACUCCAGUGUGGCCCUGGGCUGCGGCCGGCUCUUAGGCCCGGCCAUAGUGAGCCAGGCGGUGGCUAUGUGCGUCAGCGACCUCCAGCUAAAGGACGACCAGGCCUGGGUGGGCGCCACUCUGCCUCUGCUUGAGAACGAGUGUGAGAGGAGGCUAGUGGAGGAGAGGGGGAGAGAGGGAGAGCACCAGGACAUGUUGUCCUUCCUCAAGUGUCCUAAUCUAUGUAAUGGGAAUGGGCAGUGCUCCGAGUGGGGGUGUUUGUGCUUCCCCGGAUUCGGCUCCUACGACUGCAGCGUUAUCUCUGACCAGACUCCAGAGAUCACAGAGCUGGAGAACGAGGGACUGUGUGAUGUCAGACAGAGUGACUGCUCCACUGUACAGGUCUUUGGACAAGGCUUCAAAGACUCCUAUGAACUCAAGUGUGAAUUUUUGAAGGAAAAGUUUGUGGAUGGUGAGUGGACCCUGGACGAACCUCAGUUUUCCCUGGCUACCUUCCUGGAUGUGUCAGGUCUGGAGUGUCGGCUCCCCCUGGGAAUGGCCACCGGCAGACCCCUCGCACGCUGGCAGAUCAAAGUGUCCAACGACGGCUACGGCUACAGCAAUGCCAAGAUCCUGACCCUGUUCGAUGGAGCCUGUCAGAUCUGCACGCUCAAUGCUGACGUUCUCUGUACCUCGAGGGAGAAAACAUGCAACAUUGACAGUGUAUGUUAUGGAGAGGGAGACCGAAAUCCCAGAAGCCCUUGCUUGAUAUGCCGACGACUCCUCCAAUACACAUGGUCCAUCGCUGAGAAGAACGAGCCUCCAGUGUUUCAGGCAGCCCAGGGGCGUCUGCAGACGUUCCAGGGGGAGAACUUUGUGUACCAGCUGCAGGCUCAGGACCCAGAGGGCUCUGCGGUGCUGUUCACUCUGGAGUCAGGCCCCAGUGACGCCUCCCUCUCCCCCGCUGGCCUGGUCAUCUGGAAGGCUACUGACGCUGCCAUCUCCACCUCCACACAGACCUUUCGGUUCACCGUCACAGACGAUUGUAAUGCUGAGACGCAUGCCUCUGUCCAGGUCUCUGUGUGGCCCUGUGGCUGUCUGAACAGAGCUUCCUGUGUUACAAACAUCAACCUCCCUCCUGGCAGUGGGGAGUACCUAUGUAUCUGUCCCGCUGGCUUCAGAGGGGACAGGUGUGAGGAGGACAUAGACGACUGUAAACCCAACCCCUGCCGUAUGGCCAAGUGUAUAGACGGACCCAACUCUUUCUCCUGCAUCUGUCCCCCCGGAAUGACAGGUCAUACCUGUAGAGAGGAUUUGGAUGAAUGUGCCGCAGAGCCGUGCUUCCCUGGGGUGGGCUGCAACAAUACACUGAGCUCAUUCACCUGUGGCUCCUGUCCAGAGGGUUACACUGGGGACGGGAAGAGUUGCAUUAAAUCAGAGCCGUCCAGUGGUAAGGGUGAUGACUAUGAGCCUAUUCAUAGAGUGCCCGUGCCCGUACCUGCUGUACCCACUGGAGGUCACCAGGGUUCUGGCACGGUUAAACCAUCAGGCCAGGCCCCCUGCUCCAGACAACCAUGCUACCCAGGGGUGCAGUGCUUCGAGAGCACACAUGUGUCCAUAGGGUACAUCUGUGGACCCUGUCCACCUGGGCUCCAUGGCAACGGACACACCUGUAGUAGAAGCACCACAACAGGACAGAGGCCAGUUACCACCAACAGAGAAGAUGGACGUCCCCAAGUGACAGAAGACUCCAGUAGGGAAAUCACUGGCACCACCUCCAACUCUUCCUCUUCUUCCUCCUUCCAGAAAAGGAGGAAAACUGAGGGGCCCUCGUCGGGUAGCAAGAGAGUCCCCUCCAUGGAGAGAAAGACACCUAUUAGCCCCCAGGACCAAACUAUCACCAGAGUCUCCACCCCCACCAAUCACAACAGAGGUCAGAGCAGCAAGGUGGACCUGACCCCUGACCUCAACCACGGGGUCAGGUGGGGGUCAUCGACUCCCAUAGUGACCUGUGCGGACUCGCCCUGCUUCUCCGGUGUGCCCUGUGAGCCCACUGUCUCAGGGUCCUUCAAGUGUGGCCGCUGCCCGUAUGGUUACACUGGAGAUGGGGUCACCUGCAAAGCUGUGUGCCGGUAUCCAUGUGGAAGGAAUAUGGAGUGCUCUCUACCCAACACCUGCACUUGUAAAGAAGGCUAUACUGGAUAUAACUGCCACAUAGCUGUCUGCCGACCGGACUGCAAGAACCAUGGGAAGUGUGUCAGGCCAAAUGUGUGUGUCUGUCCUGUGGGCUACAGCGGACCAACAUGUGAGGAAGCUAACUGUGAGCCGUCUUGCCAGCAUGGCGGAACCUGUCUGGCCAGGAAUCUCUGCACCUGUCCUUACGGUUACGUGGGACCAAGAUGUGAAAUCAUGGUGUGCAACAGGCACUGUGAAAACGGAGGGGAGUGUAUUUCUCCCGAUGUGUGUAAGUGCAAGUCUGGCUGGUACGGACCAACAUGUAACUCAGCUGUCUGCAAUCCAGUGUGUUUGAAUGGUGGGACUUGUAUCAAACCCAACAUCUGCACCUGUCCCAGUGGCUUCUAUGGCUCCCAAUGUCAGAUUGCUGUGUGCAGCCCUCCCUGUAAGAACGGAGGUCAGUGUAUGAGGAACAACGUGUGCUCCUGCCCCGAGGGCUACACAGGGAAGAGGUGUCAGAAGAGUGUGUGUGACCCCAUGUGCAUGAACAAGGGGAAGUGUGUGGGGCCCAACUCCUGCUCCUGUGCCUCUGGGUGGAGGGGGAAGAGGUGUAACAUUCCCGUGUGCCUGCAGAAGUGUAAGAACGGUGGUGAGUGUGUGGGAGCCAACACCUGCCAUUGUCCCACGGGAUGGGAAGGCCUGCAGUGUCAGUCCGCCAUCUGUAAGCAGAGAUGUCUUAAUGGGGGAAGGUGUGUCCUGCCCAACUUCUGCCACUGCCGCAAUGGGUACACUGGCGUCACCUGUGGGUUAAAGGCCCCUCUUGCAUAAGGGAAAUUACUGAAGAUGCAGAAGUUUUACAAAAUACACAGCGCAACAGAAGAGAAGAGUCCUUAUUAGGCAGUCUGUGAUCAUGGAGUGUGUGUGCCUGUAUGUGUGUGUGUGUGUGUGUUUGUGUGUGUGCUUGUGUGUGUGUGUGUUCGUGCGUGUAAUUGUGUGUGUGUGCGUGUGCAUGUGUGUGUAUCUUUGUACAUUAACGGGGACUGGAUAUAUUGCACGUAUCUAAUUGUCCCUGUUUUGUUGCUACCUCAAUGCUCAAGGUAGCACAUUGAUAUAAAGCCCUAGCAUAAGAAAUGCAUAGCAUAUUCAUUAACAAUGCAUAAUACUAAUUGGUGUUUUGACCAAUCAGAUCAGCUGUUUUGACAAUAAUUGGGCAAAAGAUCAGAAAUGUGCUGCCUGUGUAAACGUAGCCAAACUAUGUAAUCUAACAUAGACGUUCAGACAUGUAUUUUAAUGCAUACAAAUGUGUUUUAUAGUCCUUAUCCUAGGCUUUUAUACAAAAGUGUUACUGCACACAGUAUUACGUUAGAGUAAGAGAAGAGAAUCCGAUGAAAAACUAGUUGAUGGUUUAUUGAAGAACAAUCUAGAUUUAUAAGAUAUUAAUACCCACUUUUCUAUUUGUUUUGUUGUUCCUUGUUAUUAAUUUGACCAAAGUUUUUUCCGCUGUGGUUUAUUGUGGUACUGAAAGUGUUUUUUUGCCUAAACUGUUGUGCACUGUUGUUUCACACUUAAUAUGUAUGGAGAAAUAAUACUAUUCUUCUUUAUGCAUCACACCUGCCUUGGAAAUGUUAUUAGCUUGUUUGAUUUUUAUGUCCACUUGUCUGCAAUCGUUUUGUAACUGUUGACGAGAUCUGUUAUAAGUAUCAAUUCAGAUAUACUUGAUCACUUUUGUACAUUAUACUGUAGAUAUAGUACCAGUCCAAAUUUGGACACACCUACUCAUUCGAGGGUUUUGCUUUAUUUUUACUAUUUUCUACAUUGUAGAAAGAGUGUGCAAAGCUGUCAUCAAGGCAAAGGGUGGCUAUUUGAAGAAUCUCAAAUAUAAAAUAUAUUUUGAUUUGUUUAACACUUUUUUGGUUACUACAUGAUUCCAUAUGUGUUAUUUCAUAGUUUUGAUGUCUUCACUAUUAUUCUACAAUGUAAAAAAUAGUGAAAAUAAAGAAAAUCCCUUGAAUGAGUAGGUGUGUCCAAACUUUUGACUGGUACUGUAGGUCAAAACAUUCAUUAUUUUAACACUUAAACCUCAUUGUUGUAAAUCACGCAUAUUGAAACAAAAUAAAAAGUGAUUGUGUAA